CAUUAUAUAUAUUUAAUAGCUUAUCUUUUAAUAUAAAAUAUAUAUAACAAUCAAGCAGGCUUAUGGAAGGUCAUUUAUUCAACCCAUGUGACGGUCCAUUUCUGGAACAAUGCAAUAUAUAGGUUCUCCGUCACCAUUAAUGCCGGAAAGUUGCCAUAUGAACGGAACUGUUCCAUUGUAAACUAAACAAACAAAGUUCACUAUGUACAUCUUAUGUUAUCGUUUGGCAGUGACAGGCUUAACAACGCCCAUAACCAAAUAUGACAAAUUGACAUCUGUGUUACGAUCUUUAAUGUAAAUGCUUAACAUAUUCAAUAUUUUUAUGUUUUGUUGUAAUUAAUCAUUUACAAUACUUUUGAAUCAUUCCAUUUUUUACAUCUGAACCAAUGCACAUAACAACGCAAGGGAAAUGCAACGCAAGGGAAAUAGAUAAAUUUAUCAUUUCUUCAAAGUACGACAAACACAGGGGUGAUAUAGUACGUCAUCAACAGGUGCUCGCAACACUUCUCGAUGCGGCUUUUUUAUGUCAAAAUACCUCGAUUCGCAAUGCACAGUAGCAGCCAGUGGCCAAGCCACUCUGAUAGGACGGGACAUUAACAAGCAACAAGAUAACCAAUGUCACGAAUGUUGCGCUACAGAUCGCUGUAAUGAUAUUUUGUGUGCCCGUCGACAUCGUAAGUAAAUUUUAACCGCGAUACAAACAAAAUCACUACUCGUUUAAUCAUGUCUGUAGAUUUAACUCUUUAUGCAAAUGUUAUAAAGAUCAAUGAUAAUGAACGAGUUGUUAAGUUAUCUAUUUAAGAAUUGUUGUUUUUUUGCAAUUACAUCUACAAAACCUUUUUAUCAUCAGAGUUGUUUUUUCCCAAUUCGGGUAAGUUUUCAAACUAUCUCUUAACUUUGUUUUAUGUACAUUUAUGUCAAUGAACUUCUAAAUAAGGUAUUCACUAAAACGUCUCUUUUACUAUUUUAUUACUUAAGUUUGAUAUUCAGCUUAAGAACGGAGGAUUGGAUUGUAUUGGUACCAGCGCAGAAUAUGAGAAGUGUGAAAAGUCGCUACUUUGUCCCGUCCACGGAGGCUGGAGCGAAUGGCUGUCAUGGGGAACGUGUUCUGUCACCUGUGGUAUGGGUAUACAAAGACGACAUCGUUCCUGUACGAAUCCUGUACCAGCACGUUUUGGGGACCACUGCUAUGGUGUGAACCUGGAUGAUAGAUUAUGUAUUCCUGGACCAUGUGCCGGACCGUCUGUUGCUUUUCGUAGUACAAACCUGACUAAUUUAACUCCAACAAGUGGUGAAACACUCGUUUUCACGACAGCACCCUUAAACGAUGGCAACGGCUAUAACAUUUCAACUGGUGUAUUUACAGCUCCCAUUGCAGGGACAUACAUAUUUUCGUUACAGCUAUGUGUUCCAGCUGGCAAGAAUACGUACUACGCUAUCAUGGUUGGUACAGAAGAAGUAAAGAGAGGACGAUUCAUUGACAACGAUUUUCAUACAUGUUACUCGAGUGACACAUUUGUUGUCUUGAAAUCUAAUGAAAACGUUUAUGUAAAAUCUAUAUAUCAAAGUUACCUGGCUACCAAUGACUAUUUAUGGAACACGUUUUCUGGUAUACUUGUACAUACAUAAUGUCCAGUUGUCAAUAAAAGUAAUUCUGUG